CUCAUGCGCGAUGGUUAAAAAGAGAAAACGCGGUCUGUGUUGUUAACACGUUUUUUCAUUUUUUUCCAACUUACAAAAAGAAAAUCCUCUCUUUUGCUCCAUCUUCCAAGUUCCAGCGACGCUUUGAUCGUUUAUUUCAGGUAGAUAUUUGUUUGAUUCCGGCGUUUUUCAAUCGCUCGUGGUUUGAGAUCGAUUAACAUGGAGAGAGAUUUUCUCGGGCUGGGUUCGAAAAAUUCGCCGAUCACUGUGAAAGAGGAAACAAGCGAAAGCUCCAGAGAUUCAGCUCCCAAUAGAGGAAUGAACUGGUCAUUCUCAAAGAAAGGCUCUGCUGCUUCUUCUCAGUUUCUAUCUUUCAGGCCAUCUCAAGAUGACAGACAUAGAAAGCCUGGAAACUAUCAUCUCCCACACUCUGGUUCAUUCAUGCCAUCAUCAGUAGCAGAUGUUUAUGAUUCUAACCGGAACACUCCAUACAGUUCUGUACAGGGAGCCAGGAUGUUCCCUAAUUCCCAUCAACAGCAAGAAUCUAUCACAGUUUCCAUGGCCAGGCCGGGUCUCCAGUCUCAUUAUCCACCAGGAGGAAAAAGCUUCAUGAGCAAUGGCAUAAACUCACAACCUUUUGUAGGAGUUCCUAUCAUGGCACCUCCAAUCUCAGUCCUUCCUGCUCCAGGUUCCAUUGUAGGGACAACUGAUAUUAGAUCUUCUUCCAAGCCAUUAGGAUCACCAGCUCAGUUGACCGUCUUUUAUGCCGGUUCAGUUUGUGUUUAUGAUGACAUAUCUCCUGAUAAGGCCAAGGCGAUAAUGUUGCUAGCUGGAAACGGUUCCUCUAUGCCUCAAGCCUUCUCACCACCUCAAACUCAUCAACAGGUGGUCCAUCAUGCUCGUGCAUCUGUUGAUUCUUCAGCUAUGCCUCCUAGCUUCAUGCCUACAGUCUCUUAUCUUAGCCCUGAAGCUGGAAGUAGCACAAAUGUACUCGGAGCAAGAGGCUUUGCAUCAACAUACCAUAACAACCAAACUAAUGCAUCUACUGUAAAGCCUCAAACAGUGGCUUUACCUCAGGCUCGCAAAGCAUCUCUGGCUAGGUUUUUAGAGAAACGCAAAGAAAGGGUCACAAGUGUAUCGCCAUAUUGCUUGGACAAGAAGUCACCAACAGACUGUCGUACGCCAAUAUCUGAAUGCAUAAGUUCGUCAUUCAGCUCUGCAACCUAAAUCUCAUUUGCAGUAAUACAUACUGCUUCAGACCACUCCAGGACCAUGUUUUUAUUUCGAUGGUGAAUUUUUCAGUUCUUUUUUUUUUUUUGUUCUGUUACAGAAUUUUCCUUUUGCGCUGGCUACACUUGAGCUUCUUCUUAGCUUAUAUACUAUAGUGUAACUCUUUCUUCUCUCGCUACAUUGAGUUUCUUUGUAGCUAGCUUAUACUGUAGUAUAGUGUAUACUUCAGUUAUGUCAUUUUGGUCGAAUGGAACUAUGAGAGCAAAUUGAAUUUGUACUUUUGAAUUUUGUAGAAAAUGUUCGUUUCUUCUCUUUAGA